UGUGACCCCGGAGAGCUGAGUAGUGGCAGCGGAGAGCUGAGCGGUGUCCCCGAAGAGCUGAGUGGUGGCAGCGGACAGCUGAGAGUUGUCACGUCCCCUACAGCCUGGACAUGUUCAGCAGGAGCUCCUGGAGGAGACAUUCCGGCAGAUCUAUUGCACCAUUUUCUGAACCGGAAAGAGGACAGCCGUGUAAUGCCUGCGGCGAUCGGUGUCCGGGACUGGCCUUGCAUCGGUGGAGGAAGAUCUGUCUGCAUUGUAAGUGCCCACGGGAGGAGCACAGUGCCACAGCGAUGCCUCUAGAGAUGGAGAAAACCAUGAACAAGUUGAUGUUUGACUUUCAGAGGAAUUCCACAUCUGAUGACGACUCCGGCUGUGCUCUGGAAGAAUAUGCAUGGAUUCCUCCUGGACUGAAACCAGAACAGGUCCACCAGUACUACAGCUGCUUGCCUGAGGAUAAAGUCCCUUAUGUGAACAGCCCCGGGGAGAAAUCCAGAAUCAAACAGCUUUUGCAUCAGUUGCCUCCUCACGACAAUGAAGUCCGUUACUGCAAUUCUCUGGAUGAGGAGGAGAAGAGAGAGCUAAAGCUGUUCAGCAACCAAAGAAAGCGUGAGAAUUUGGGUAGAGGAAAUGUCCGCCCGUUCCCUGUGACCAUGACUGGAGCCAUCUGUGAGCAGUGUGGAGGUCAGAUUAAUGGAGGGGACAUGGCUGUGUUUGCAUCAAGGGCGGGCCAUGGCGUGUGCUGGCAUCCCCAGUGCUUUGUGUGCAACAUAUGUAACGAGCUGCUGGUCGACCUUAUUUACUUCUAUCAGGAGGGGAAGAUUUACUGCGGCAGACACCACGCUGAGUGUUUGAAGCCACGAUGUGCAGCCUGUGAUGAGAUUAUUUUUGCAGAUGAAUGUACAGAAGCUGAGGGCAGACACUGGCAUAUGAAACACUUUUGUUGCUUUGAAUGUGAAACAAUUCUUGGAGGCCAAAGAUACAUAAUGAAGGAAGGACGUCCAUACUGCUGCAACUGCUUUGAGUCUCUUAAUUCCCUUUUUUAAGCAGUUAGAGCACAAAAUGAAGGUAUUGACCAAGGACAGAUGACCUAUGAUGGGCAGCACUGGCAUGCUACAGAGACCUGUUUUUGUUGUGCCCACUGUAAAAAAUCACUACUUGGCCGCCCUUUCCUGCCCAAGCAAGGCCAGAUAUUCUGCUCAAGGGCAUGCAGUUUGGGCGAGGACCCCAAUGGCUCUGACUCUUCAGAUUCUGCGUUUCAAAAUGCCAGGGCAAAGGAGACACGACGAAGUGCUAAGAUAGGCAAGAAUAAAGCCAAGCUCGAAGACAACAACAUGAACCAGCUACAUGUAGCUACCAAUAGACUUUCCACAGACGUCGACCCUCUCUCUUUACAAAUGGAUUUACUGAGUGUAUCGAGCCAAAACCCAAGCUUGAAUCGUGAUAAUCGAUGGAGGAGCAGAGAUGAACUCUAUAAUUAUGGCAACAAGCUAGAGAGGAGUCAAUCCCAGAGUCCUCUGCAGCUGCUAAGCCAGUGCAACAUAAGGACUUCCUACAGUCCUGGACAGGGAGCCGGCGCCCAGCCAGACAUGUGGUCAAAGCAUUUCAGUAACCAAAAAAGAAGUUUGUCAAUGAUGAGUCACAGUGAGAGCUUCUCUCAAGAUGGCAGGGAGGAUUACUACCAAGGGAGACUACGCCAGCAGGAAAGUUUUAGCGAUGCUUCCACUCACAGUUUCAACGAAGCACGAUCAAGCCUACGAGUUCCAGAAAACAAAAAUCUGAAUUCACAGCAGUGUCGAACAAGGCAUCCAAUCAAUGCACUUAAAUUCACUGAAGGGUUGACCCCCACCGAACAAACUCCCAGAGGUUCCAUGGAGUCCCUUGCGUUGUCCAAUGCUACAGGUGCGUCCAUGGAUGGAGGUCCUAAACGUCAAGAACACCUCUCUCGCUUCUCCAUGCCAGAUCUGAGCAAAGAUUCUGGGAUGAACGUUUCAGAGAAAAUUAGCAACAUGGGAACCCUGAACUCUUCUUCUCAGUUCCGCAGUGUUGAGUCUGUCCGGAGUCUUGUAUCGGCACAACAGUAUCAAGAGGUGGCUCGCGAUCUGGGUAACCCUGGAAAAUACAGGGACCUUCCACCGCAGCUAAGAAUGCAUCAAUCAUUUCAGUUUGAUGAUGCUGUGAAUGACAUACCUGGCCAGGGGAGUGUCAAAAUGGCUCCGAUGAGUGAAAGGACAAGGAGAAGGACACAGUCAAGAGAAAAUGAGCAGCACUAUCGCCGCCAUCAUCAAAGGAGGUCGAGGCGUUCUCGUUCGGACAAUGCUCUUCAUCUGGCUACUGAGCAGUGCAGUAAAAUGAAAGAAAAACCACUCUUGAGAGCCCGAGAGGACUAUGAACGGUUUAUGCAACAAAGGGGAGGUCAGAUGGAUCAAGUUGUCAGAAGAGAAAUGUACAACCGGUAUCAAAGAACUGCCUCAGAUCUGGCAUUACAAAACCAUCUCUGUGAUAGGUGGGGCCAACACAUGAACGAAUAUGAUUGGUGUUCUACCUGUUCCUCUUCGUCAGAGUCAGACAAUGAAGGAUAUUUCUUAGGAGAACCAAUUCCACAGCCAACCCGUCUGAGAUACGUAACUAGCGAUGAUCUUAUGCAUCAGUAUGCUCAAUGUUCCGGUGGAAUACCCAAGUCUUCCACUUUGGGUGGCCGAGGACAAUUACAUAGCAGGAAAAGGAGAAAGAGCAAAAAUUGUAUCAUUUCCUAGUGUUUGCUCCCAAGACCAACGCAUUAAUGUGUAAAUUAAUUCAUCCCUGUAGACCGGUCCAUAUUUUGAACAUUGUUGUUUUAUAACAAAAGAAGACGACCUUGUACAUUCUCCCUAUCAUGACCAUUUUGCAAUUCAAGACUGAAUUACAAUAUAUGGUAUAUAAUAGCCUUGAUUGUUGAUAUAGUGAAUUUGGGGUUUUAAUGCACAUUUCACUUUAUUUCUUCAAUAGUUCAGUCCGCCAAAAAUACUGCCUUGCUUUGGUCCAGCUAGAGAUCACGCU